AUUGUGUGUUUUACAUGCGCCUCAUAACAGCAGCCGAGUCUCUAUGUUGAGAGCAAAUGACUUACUACGCCCGUAACUCCGUCGACAACCCAUGGUCUCUUUAAUCGGACAAGCUUGAAAACAAUCAACCUACAUCCUUCUAUUAAAAAUGCUUGCGAUCUCGGCGGUUGUUUAGGCUGAGGACCCAGCGGUUACCAGGUGCAUCGCUGCCCUUGAGCUCGACUUUUCCAGUUAGCACCCCCCUCAGUGACCAUCCUGAUCGUAUAUGUAUCAAGUUAUAGCCAUGAAUGCGAGCGCGUAUGGUCAACCAGGCCAGGGCGUGCUUGCAACGCCAUCGCAUGCGGCCUUUCCAGCGUCGCACUCUGGCCAGCUCCAGGUGCCGGCUUCCCACGCACAGCAAGAACCGCAGCUGCAACCACCAGGACUACAAGGUCACAAUAUGAACCCGCGUGGCGGGCACGCAGGCAUGCAGCCGUGGCAGGCGCCACUGCCGGCGGCACCGUCGCAACCGCAAGCCGGUGGCUUCGCCCGCUUCUUCCAGCGCCAGCCCACUGCAGCCCAGGCCCCCCAGCAGAUGGGGAUGCAGCCACAACCGCACAACCAGCAGCCAGCAGCCGGCCAGUCCGUCCGGCCCAUCGCCGCUGGGCAGCAACAUCCAGGCGAGGCGCAAGCGCAGGCACAAAAUCCGCCACCUCCAGCGCCGCAGUACUUGGCUGACAUGCUCACACCAGGCAACAGUGCCGCCCGACCACUGACCGUGUCAGGCGCCAGUGUGCCACAGCCCAGCCGCACGCGCUUUGCCAUAUUCCAGCGCCGCAACGGCCCUGCGCCCGCGCCUGGUCCGGCACCGUUACCGCAGCAGUCACCAGCUCUUGCCUUCCCGCCGCCGCAUGGCCGGCCCCUGACCGGCCCCGGCCCCGGCCCCGGCUGGCCUACCGGCACAACGGCUUCUUCCGGCACGCGCGACACGCAGGCGGUGCAGGAGCUGGUGGGCGGCAACUGGAUCUUCCUCAUCUUUGUGCCGUACUUUGUGGCCACGGCGCUGCAGGACACACACCUCCGCAUUGGCCUGAUUGUGGCCACAGCCACGUCGGGCGUCGUGCUGGCGCUAGGGCUACUCGCGUUCAUCAUGAAACUGCGCAAGGUGUUCCCGCACGUGCUGGAGGUGCUGAUGCUUAUCAUGUACGCGGUGGUGCUGGGCGUGAGCUACAGCAGCCAAGCCGCGGAGGCGGAGGUGCGCCGCACCUACAACUUCAUCGUGCACUCCGCACUGGCCGGCACGUGCCUGGUGUCGAUGCUGGUGUGCUACCCGCUUGGCCGGCAGCACGUGGCGGAGCUGGUGCACAGCCUGUACACCGCCCACGCGGACGUGCACUCAGUAGGAUUGUACACAACUGCAGGCCUCACCACGUCGUUCGUGUCCUCAUGCCUGCUUUACUUGAUCCCGUUGUGCAAGGGCCGCGACGAUGAGCACUGGGACGUUCUGAAUCUCAUCUUCCGCAUCAUCUACCCCUGCGUGUGCACUGCGGUGGCGCUGCUGUUUGCGCGCUACCUGCCUGACGCGCUGCUGCCCAACCUGGCGGUGGUGCAUGGACUCAACCGCAGGCCGCCCGCGCGCCUGCCCGCCUACCUGACCAACCUGCUGGGACUGCGACCGCCCGCCAUUCUGGACUACACCAUGUACCAGAGCACCACGGACGCAGCGGCCAAGGUGCGGGAGGGCUGGGCGCUGGCGUCACGCAGCGCCGGCAUCUCCCCCGCCCGCACACCCCGUUACGACCCAGGCAGUGCCGGAGGCGGCCCCGGCGCACGCCCACCACCGCCCCCGGGCGCCGCCUAUGUGCCGCUGGGCUCGACGCCGGCUGGCCCUGCAGCAGGUCUCGUGCUAGGCCCGGGACAGCACGUCUACGGUGGCGACUACCUGGGCCCGCACCCCUACAACCCCUACCCCGCCGACGCCUACCCCCGCCAGCAGCUCGAGCUGCACGGCCCCAAGUACCUGACCUAUCUCGCGCCGGGCCCGCCGGCGCCCCCGCCGGCGGCCGUGUUUGCAGUGUACGAUGAUCACCCCAGCUACGGCCACAGCCGCAGUGCUGGCGGGGCGCUGGACGGCAUGCCGCAUGUGUCAAUGGCCAACCCGCUGAUGGCGGCGGCGCCGGGGCCUGUUGGGUAUGCCGAACGCGGCGCCAUCCACCCGCAUGCAGGCCUGUACGGGCCCAAGCCCUACGGGGGCCAGGGGCGCCUUGCAGAGACCCUGAGCAGUUUCCGGAGCCGUAUGGCGCCGAGGCCCGGGGCCGGCAUGAAUCCGUAUGACCCCAACAGUGCCGCUUACGCGGCCGUGCGCGGUCGUCCCUUCGCCAGCGCGGGCGGCGCAAGCCCCUACGGCGUCAACCUACCGCUGCCGCUGCAGCCGCCGGAGACGGAGGCUCCCAUGGACGCACGACAACUGUACGGUCAGCAAUACAUACCGCCCACAGCUCAACACGCUGGGGUGUAUGGCCGAGGGCUGGAGUCCGAGGCCCGCCCGCUGCAGCCCCUCCUGCACACGCAGCAGCCUGUGCUGCUAGGGUCGCUGGGGCCCACACCUCGAUCCCGCUACACGUCGGAGGGCGGUCCCAGUCCCGGCCCGGCCAGCGGCAGCUUUGGUCUCAAUGCAGAGCUCAAACAGCCUAGCCCCGGCCUCGGCCCCGGCUACGGCCCGCAGCUGCCGCAGCAGCGGCCGGGCAUGCGGGGGCACGCCAGCUCGGGCUCUGACGGAGGCGGCUACGGCCUCGGUGCGGAGAUGAGCAAACCAGCAGAGCAGGACGACCCCCUGACACCGCCACCGCUGGGUUUUGCCGCGCCUCGGCGGCCAGCGGUGUCCGGGGCGCCCCUCGCGCAAGCGCAGUCAGCACAGGGGUCCGGACUGGAUGCGGAGACAGACGGUAUUCCGUCGCCUGCGGGGCUACCGCCAGUGGGGACGGGAGGCCUGGGCGGGCUGGCGACGCCAUCGCAGCAGCGCCUGGGCCCAUCGCGCCUGGGGCCCUCACCGCCGUUAGCAAGGCCACGGGCUCCCGCCUCUAGAGCCAGACGCCCUGUCCUGGGCUCCGGCGGCGGCGACUUCGGAUUGGAGGCGGAAGCGGAUGCCGCGAGUGCAGGGGCGGUAGCGGGACUGGGCCUGGGUCCAGGCACAAGGCUGGGUUCCCUGGGCGGGCUGCCACCACCAGGGGGACUGCCACCACCAGGAGGGCUGCGCGGCCCUGCACCUCUGCCGUUACGCCCCGCCAGCAACGCAGCCGGCCACGGGGAUGCGUUUGGCUUGGAUGCCGAGGUUGGAGUAUAGCUGUGUACGAUUUUCACACCUACAUACACUUUGACUUGCAUGGCCCGCCCCAUGUUGCUAAAUCGGAGGAAUGCGCGUUUGAGGCUGCGUGCGUGUUGUGAAGACUCAGGGCGGUGGUGUUGUGCAGUGGUGCCAAGAGACUGUAGUUGUUCAGUACCCCGACGUCGACCCGAAGGCCGCAACGUCUCUGUCGCUGCGCUGAUACCUAAGAAACGUCCUUGUGCCGCAUAUGUCUCUCCCUGCGAUAUAGAGGUGUUCGGACUUCGGAGUGUGCCUUGCUCACUGGGGCCUGCGUGUAUGUCAGGGUCACCACACAGAGUGUUUUGGGCUGAGCCCCCGGAGCGCGUGUGUGUCCUUUCUUGUCCUUUGACAGCGAGACGCGGCUGGGCACAUGGCGGGCGGUGCCUGUACCAACCGACCCCGGCUGAUAUUAGGUAGUUUCGAAGCCUUCGCCCUCAGAUAUGUACCAACGUCGCGCAGCGUCGCGUUGCCCUUGCGACGGAGAGCCAUCUUUCUUGUCCUGUGUCGCAGGCCACUGGGGAAUAGGUAGGGAUGAUGUAAAAUAGAAUAAUU